AAAAUCCGAAACUCGCUAAAAAUUGGAAGUUCUUACGAAUAAUCUUAUUUAGGUGAGAAACGUUAGAGAAAUUAGCACUUUAUUUAGUCUUUAAUAUAAUCAAUUGUGUGUUGUAGAACUUGCCUACUAUUUUCUGUCAUUUUCUAUCUGUUAAUUAUGAUUCAUUCUUGGUUGAUAGCAGUGACAUCAACAUCGUGCAAGUUUGUAACUUGAAGAAAGUUAUUUAUAAUAUGAGCACCGAUAUGAAGAAAGCCACUCUAGAGGGUUGCGAAAAUGCUUCGACCCCAGAAUUACAACAAGCAAAGAUUGAUGAGGUGAGACGGUUGAUUGGGCCACUAUCCGGAAAAUUGGCCCUUUAUUGUUCAGAUGCUUCAAUUGCAAGAUAUUUACGCGCACGAAACUGGAAUGUGAAGAAGGCUGUUAAAAUGCUGAAGGCGACCCUGAAGUGGAGACUCGAGUUCAAGCCAGAAGAUAUCUGCUGGGAUGAUGUUGCAGCGGAAGCCGAAACAGGAAAGAUUUAUAGAUCGAAUUACAAAGAUAAGUACGGGAGACCUGUUCUCGUUAUGAGGCCUAGGUGCCAGAACUCAAAGUCGAUAAAAGGACAAAUUAAGUAUUUGGUUUACUGCAUGGAGAAUGCAAUUUUAGAUCUUCCUCAAGGCCAAGAGCAGAUGGUGUGGCUCAUUGAUUUUCACGGUUUCAGUUUAUCCAAUAUAUCAAUCAAGGUAACAAAGGAGACUGCCCACGUUUUGCAAGACCAUUAUCCCGAGAGGCUCGGUGUUGCUAUCCUUUACGACGCACCAAGGAUAUUUGAACCAUUUUGGAUGGUGGCAAAGCCCUUUCUAGAGCCCAAAACGGCUAACAAGGUCAUAUUUGUCUACGCAGACGACCAAAACACAACGAAGAUAAUGCACAACUUGUUUGACAUGGAACUUGUGGAGUCUGCAUUUGGCGGAAAAGAUGAUUCGGAUUUCGACAUCACAAAGUAUGCCGAGCGGAUGAGAGAGGACGACAAAAAGAUCCCUUCAUUUUGGAAAACAGAUGGUUUUCAAUCCCUAACGCCCUCUUCCUCUCUAACGGUGCCUCUUAGCAUACAAAAAUCAAACUCAGAAGUAGAGUCGGAUGAGUUGGACGUAAGGGUCACCAAAUCCUCAUCACCUAAAGAUGAAGGUGAUGAUGAAAAUGGCACAUUAUCUAACGAGCCCUUGCAUGAGAAAAACGCGUGAGCUGAUUAUUGGAAGGUCGUGCACUUAUAUAGUAAAAGUAACUCUUUAAACUCAAUUUUUGUUGAGAGUUUUCUUUGUUAAUGCCGCUAACUAAUGAUGCAAGGAAAGAAUGUAGCGAAUAAUUUUCUUUGUUUCAAGAUGAGACUUUGUAUUCAAUUUCUAAAGACUUUUUAACAUUUUAUAAAUCUUGGAGUAUUUAAGUUAGACUUUUUAAAAGUAUCGAGAUAUUCAUUUAGGAUUUUAGAAAAAUCUUGAGUUAUUUAAUGUAUCUGAUACUUGGAUUUGUG